GCACCAGACCUCUCUCCUCUCCAUCAAGACCGCUGUCCUCACUAGUGUUCUCCAGUUAACCGUGCACCCGUGCAGCUCUUCUCUCUAGCCUAACAAAAUGGGAAUAAAGGAAGAAUUUCAACGUGCUGGCUCCAAGCCAGGACUUAUAAUUUGGAGGAUUGAAAAUCUGGAUCUAAAGCCAGUCCCUGAAUGUCUGUUUGGGAGCUUUUUCAUUGGAGAUGCUUACAUUGUAUUCCAUGCAACCAAAGCCCCGAGUUACAGUAUUCACAUGUGGUUGGGGAAUGAAUGCUCCCAGGAUGAGAGCACUGCAGCUGCCAUCCUUGCUACCCAGCUUGAUGAACACCUUGGAGGAAAACCGGUCCAGUAUCGAGAGACACAGGGUUCUGAGUCCACCACCUUUCUGGCUUACUUUAAAACUGGCAUAACAUAUAAGAAAGGUGGUGCUGCUUCAGGCUUACGCCAUGUUGUCACCAAUGACUUGAAAGAGGAAAGAGUCAUACAAGUGAAGGGGAAACGCUUUCCGAGAGGAAAAGAGCAGGAGUUCAGCUGGAAGAGCUUUAACAAGGGAGACUGUUUCAUUAUUAUUGCUGGAGCAAAUAUCUAUCAAUGGAUGGGGUCACGCUGCAAUAAAAAUGAACGUGUAAAAGCCCUGAGUCUUGCUGUUGGUAUUCGGGAUGGUGAGAAAAUGGGAAGGGCAAAGCUGUGUGCAGUAGAAGAGGGAGAAGAACCAGCAGAGCUUCUAGCCAUACUGGGUCCAAAACCAAACAUUCCUGAUGGAGAUGGGGAUGAAGAAGAUGAAAAGAGUGAUAUUGAGAGCAAGAAAAGUGCAAAGUUAUAUAUGAUUUCUGAUGCUAGUGGAAAAAUGAAAACGUCAGAAGUGGCAUCGGCUCCACCAUUUACUCAAGAUAUGCUUUCAAGUAAUGAGUCUUACAUUUUGGAUAAUGGUCAGGAUAAGAAAAUCUACGUCUGGAAAGGGCAGUCUGCAAGUCCAUCUGAACGCCGUGAGGCACUGAAAGCAGCAAAUGAAUUCAUUUCACAGAAAAACUAUCCAAAAAAUACACAGGUUGUGGUGCUUCCUCAGGGUGGAGAGACUACUGAAUUCAAACAGUUUUUCUCACGGUGGCAAGGUAAAGAUGAUACAACUGGCCCCAGACCACCAUACGUCAUUGGUAGGAUUGCUAAGAUUGAACAAGUUCCAUUUGAUGUCAGCAGUUUACAUACAUCUCCUGCAAUGGCUGCGCAACAUGGAAUGGUUGAUGAUGGGUCUGGAAAAGUCCAGAUUUGGAGAAUUGAAGAUGGCGAUAAAAAGCCAGUUCCUCCAUCUUCAUAUGGGCAGUUCUAUGGCGGCGACUGCUACCUCAUUUUGUAUACUUACAAAGGCAACAAGGGAGAACAACAUUUUAUUUAUAUUUGGCAGGGACAAAAAGCUACACGUGAUGAACUGACAGCAUCUGCAUUCAUGGCAGUGCAGCUGGAUGACUCUUAUGGUGGACUACCUGUUCAGGUGCGUGUACCACAGGGGUCAGAACCUCCUCAUUUAAUGAGUCUGUUCAAAGGAAAACCACUCAUUAUCCAUGCAGGGGGAACAUCAAGGGGGUCUGGACAAACACCUGCAGCUUCAAAUCGUCUCUUCCAUGUGCGAUGCAGCACUUCUAAAGCCAGCAGAGCAGUGGAGGUUAAGGCUGAUGCUUCAUCUCUAAAUUCCAAUGAUGCGUUUGUACUGAAAACACCACAAAGCGUUUAUCUGUGGAAAGGCACUGGGGUCAGUGAUGAUGAAGUUACUGCAGCAAAGUCUGUAGUCAGCACACUUGGUGGUUCAGCAAAAGAAAUCAAUGAAGGAAGUGAACCAGCUGACUUUUGGAGUAUACUUGGUGGGAAGAAGUCAUACCAGACGUCUGCUGGCUUGAAAUGCAAACAACAAACAUAUCACAUUCGUCUGUUUGCUUGCUCAAACAAGACUGGAAGAUUUACUAUUGAGGAAGUUCCAGGAGACUUCAGCCAAGCAGAUCUAGCCACUGAUGACGUCAUGCUACUAGAUGCUGGGAAUCAGAUAAUGCUGUGGAUAGGCAAUGAGGCAAAUGAUGUUGAGAAGAAGGAGUCACCUUUAGCAGCUCAAAAAUAUGUUGACACUGACCCAGCAAGAAAAGGCAUGAAGCUUCCUAUUUCUGUUAUAAAACAAGGUUGCGAGCCACCAACCUUUACUGGAUGGUUUCUGGGUUGGGAUCCGCAUUUAUGGCAAAAGAAUCCACUGGAUCAAUUCAAGGGCAUGCACUGAACUUCUUAACUGAACCCCGAAUGGAACCCAUUGACAGAGUGCAAAGAUGAUCAUUAAUGGUGGUGGUGGCGGAAUGCUUUGCUGUAUCAAUACUGAUAAAUAUAUAAAGUAACACUUCUGAAUUCAGUGGAUAUGAUUUACAGGCAUUAAAACUGAUUAAAAUGUAGAAAAUGAGUGGAACAUAAUUUUGAGGGAUGAAUGCACUCAUCAUUGGCCUCAAGGCAUACAAAAAUGAUGCCAAAAAACAUGAUUUCAUGAGUCAAGGUCAUAUAUCAAAGCCUAUAGGAAGAAUAAUGACACAUCACAUCCACUUGAGUUUGUAGCUAACUGUCUGCACAAUUACCCAUUCAGUUACUUUUCAGCCCAUCUUUCUUUUACGUUGCUGUUCUCCCCUACCCCAGUGUUGAAACCUGCCACUGAUGUGCAUGUUUUACUAAACUUUUCUGUCAGUGUGUGUACACGUGUGUGUGUGUGUGUGUGUGUGUGUGUGUGUGUGUGUGUGUGUGUGUGUGUGUGUGUAUAUUUCUCUCUGCAGGUGGGCAUUCAGAUGUAUGUGAUGAAAAGUUAGUUUGUGAUUGUGGCUGCUGUGUAUGCAGUCAUAAGCACACAAUGUAUAUUGGUGUUAUGUUUAGCAAUAACAGUCUAUAAGUUGGAGGUGAGGCGUUUUUCUUGUGCACUGUGUGCAAGAUGAGUGCGACUAUAUGAACACUGCACAGGAAGGGUGUUUUUGUGUGACUGUAUAUCCUAAGUAGCACUUAGUCUAAGGUAUGUGCAAUCUCAGAGUUGCUUAUAAAUUUUGGGAUGGGUGUUGAGGGUUGCUCACCCCCAUAUAAGAAGUGUGAUUUUUGCGUGUUGUGUUUGCAUGGAUGUUGAGCAGUAAGUGAGGUGUGUGUGUGUGUGUGUGUGUGUGUGUGUGUGUGUGUGUGUGUGUGUGUGUGUGUGUGUGUGUGUGUGUGUGCGCGUGUGUGUGUAUGUACCCACACGUGUGCAUGCAUUUAUUCCUAUGAAUGUGUUAGAGAUCUUAAUAUUUAAACUAGUCAAGAAGGCUGCUUAGUCAGCAUUUCUUUUUUUUCAAACUAUUGUCUCUCAAGUAGUCGAACAUCAAGAUUUGGACCAAAUUCCAAUUAUUGUGCUGGAUUUUUUAAACUCCUUCCAUACACUGACUGCAGUAGUACAUUUUCCUUAUGAACACAUCUAUAUCCCUAACUUCCUUCAUGUUAACCAAUCUGAUGUCAGUUGCUCAGCAAAUUAUGCCUCCUAAAAUGAAACAAUUGUUAAUAUUGUACCCCAAUAACAACUUGUUAGACCACUUUUACUUUACUUACCGGGGACUGAUGUAUAUUUUGAAUUGUUUUGAAUAUAACUGCAACAAUUCAGCUUACAUAUUUUUCAAAUACAAUAUGCCAUUAAAUAUUGUACCUAUCUUAUUCUGGAAAAUAUACAUGUACAAUAUAUUUUUAAGCAUGUUGUUGCAAGCUCUGUUCUUACAGUCUCUUUUGUAUAUUAAGUAAUUACUUGUGUUACUUGAAAAGUCACAAAAUAUGGACCUGAUGUUAAAGCAGCUCAUGUCCACAAAGUGAGGAGUACUUUUACAUCUGUUCAUAUGUUGUAUAUCCAUAUUAGAAAAUGAAUGUUUUUAUUAAAAUGCUUUCCUUGCAGGCUUCCCAAACUCAUCUGUUAAUAAAUCAUUUUUACUGAC